GAGGUAUAAAAAGGAGUGUCAGACUUAACCUUGACACUUAUUUGGGACUUCAUCGAAUUCUUGACACAUCUUAUCACUGGAAGACUUGAGAUGGCUUCGAGCUACCACAGGCUGAAGGAAGGAUGAACUGCCUGUCACUAUAAUACCUCCAAAAAAGCCCUGUUCACACCUGUUGUUUACACCUGAUUUUUGUGAUACAAUCACCAUGAUCAGAUUACUCUCCAACUAUGGUCCAGGGAGUCCACACCAGGGUUUGCGUCAGUUCUGAAUUGAACUGAGGAUACAUUUUGAAUUCCAAUUCACAUCUUGAGUUUGAAUUAUAAAUUGUCUGUACUGUAAAAUUUAACUUUUACCCAAUCUACUUACCUAUGUGCCUUUACUCUGUGAAUGGUCGGUCAAAGUCUGUCUGCUAUUUAGUGUUGUUAGGACAUUCAGUCCUCUUUUACCUAUCAUAAGGUUCAAAGUGAACUUGUUGCUGUAUGAAAGGACUAAAUAGCUAUGUCUACGUAUGCUCAUAUAUAUAUAUAAUUUUUUUUUUGUACAUUUACAGACUGUAAAUAAGACAUGUUUACACUAAGACAAUAUGCUCAUGUGGAACACCAAAACAUUUAUGGAUUUUGGGGUAUUAUUUGCUAUUGUUUGUUCAACAGUUCACUUGUUUACACCUUGAGCUAACAUGUUUGUUUUGUGAUCUGAUUGAUUUGAUCAUAUCAAUAUAUGAUGACGGUUUGUUGUCUUUACACAUGGUUUUAAAAUGUGUCUCUUAUCGAUCCCCUGUGUUGCAUUGGGACCAGAUUUCCUGGUGCCAGCCUGUAUGCAAAUUAGUUGAAAGAUAUUAUUUAUUUCAAAAUAAUAUUUCUAUUUUUAUUUUACCCCAACUAUAUUGAUACCAUAAGUCAAUGGUGCUACCUUUCAAUGAUUUUAGAAGCCGGUAUAAUUAUGAUUUGAAUUGUUUGACCAUCCAGAUCUGUUUACACUUGGUUGAUAUCCAGAUGCAAUUGGUCCCUGAUUACCUCCGGAAGUGGUCUGGAAGAUCAUAUCACAAUGCGUCUUUAAUUGUCUACCCUGUAAUAAAAUGUGGGCACAAUUAUAAUGUGGACAAGAUGAAGACAAAGGAUGCAUUUGAAACAAACUGAAGAAUAAUUUGAGGAGAAAGUCAUGGGGUUGUUUAAAUCUAAACCUAGCCCUCCAGCUCCACCUCCAUCACCAGCUUUUAGCAACGAAUGGAGACGCACACCUUGGGAUCAGAAAGAGGAAAUGCUGCAGAAACUGAAAGACUAUGUGCCUGAAAACCCUCAAGUGAAGACUAUCAGAAUCCUCCUCCAUGGACCAGCUGGAGCGGGAAAAUCCAGCUUCAUCAACUCCAUCAACAAUAUCUUUCAGGACAAAUGUAUGAACAUUGCCUUAGCUGAUAAUACUUUUGCAGGUGCAAGCUUCACAAAAAAGUAUGAAACCCACAAAAUUGUGAAAGAAAAACCUGGAACCUACUACCCCUUCCUCUUCUAUGAUGUCAUGGGGCUGGAGAAUGGUAUUGACAAAGGAGUUGAUGAGGCGGACAUUAUCAAGGCCCUGAAGGGGCAUGUAAAAGAGGGUUACACGUUUAAUCCUGUAUCACCUUUAAAAGAGGAGAAUGAGUACUAUGUCAAGGCCCCCACCCUAUCUGAUAGAGUUCACUGCCUAGUUAGUGCAAUACCAGCUAAUAAACUACCUAUGAUGAAUGCCAACAAGAAUGAUGAGAAUAAUGAUGUUUUCAAGAAGAUGAGAGCCAUCAGACUAGCUGCAAGUUACAUGGGAAUUCCCCAAAUGGUUAUUCUCACCAAAGUGGAUUUAGCCUGUCCAUUGGUGAGGAAAGACCUGAAAAAGGUAUAUUGGAGCAAGUAUAUAAAGGAGAAGAUGGAGCAGUGUAGUAAUGAACUGGGGGUACCAGUGAACUGCAUUUUGCCUGUGAAGAACUACCAUGAGGAAAUCGACUUGGAUGAUGACAUGGAUGUGCUACUAUUGAGAUCACUGAAGCAGAUGGUGGACUUUGCAGAGAGCUUCAAGCUAUCACAAGCUGACUGAUGGAUGUACAGUACUCGAUCUACAGCGUGUCACUCUGUAAUACCUCCAUCUAAAGAAGCCCUGUUCACACCUGGUAUUUUACACCUGACUUUUGUGAUCCAAUCACCAUGAUCAGAUUACUCUCCAACUAUGGUCCAGUGCGUCCACAAAAGGGUUGGCAUCAUUUCUGAAUUGAACUGAAAAUACAUUUUGAAUUUCAUUCAAAUCUUGUGUUUGAAUUAUAAUUGUCUGUACUGUAAAAUCAACUGCUUCCCAAUCUGCUUAUCUAUGUCCCUCUACUCUGGGAAUGGUCUGUCAAAGUCUGUUAGUGUUGGUAGGACAUUCAUUAAACAAUAGUUUCAGUCCUCCUUUACCUAUCAUAAGGUUCAAAGUGAACUUGUUACUGUAUGAAAUGGCUAAGCAGCUAUGUCUAUGCUCAUAUUUUAUAAAGUGAGUGUCAUAA